AUGUCACAGAACGAAUCGCCUGAAUCCAAAGGCCCGGACUUUGCUAAGACGAUUAAUCACCAGAAGAUUCUCAACAGACAAGGACAUCAAGUCAAAGCAGAGAUCGGGGCCAAUAUUCAAAAAGGAUUCUUCCAGGUGGACAAUAAGUGGACGUGCUAUCGAAGGAACUAUUUUGCCGUCAGCUGCUCUUUUCAGCUCAAUCCGUUCCAAGACGAGACAUUCUACAUCCUCCAAGACAAUCAACACAAGCAGGUGUACAGUUGGGCUCUAUCCAUCUCUGCAAAGACAGGCCCGGCCAACAAUCAAGACAGUGAGCCAAGGGGCUUGGUACAGCAUACACCAAAGCGAGACAAGCAUGGCGAAAGUGUUCCUGGAAAGCACAUUGUGGCACCACAGAACCCACAUCAUCUUUAUCCUCAUCAUCACCUCCACCACAACCACCAUCAUCCUCAUCCUCAAUCCCACCAUCAUAGUGGCUUAGCCAUGCAUAACCCAUUCUAUGCAUCCGCCGGAUCUGGCUUACCCGCACUCGCACGCGGACACAACUGGGAUUCCACUGUCAACGGCGAGCAAGCACCUCCGAAUUCUUACACGUUCGAACGGAUUCAGUUCCAGAAGGCGACCGCCAACAACGGUAAACGGCGGGCACAGCAGCAGUUUUUCCACGUGGUAGUUGAGCUUUCGGUCAAUAUCAGCCCUUCAAGGAGUCACCCAGAGUGGGUACUGGUAGCAGACAAGGUAUCCGAUGCGAUGGUAGUACGCGGCAGAUCGCCGGGUCACUACAAAGACAAUCAUCAGCGCCGCGACAGUCAUGGACAUAUGGAUGAUAGUCGCAAUGGAGGUAGUGGGUCUGAUGGUGGACACAUGUCUUACACUCCAUACGAUCCAAGUAGCUGGGGUGUGAGUGACAACGCACACAGGGGCCAUCAGGCUCAUUUUAGUGGAGGCACGCAUCGAACAUGCUUGUCUUCGAAUGGUUCGCCACCAAGUGCCAGCUCAUCUGCGACGCUAAAUGGCUCGCCGACAGACGAAGACUUCAGCUUGUCCGAUUCUGAGACGCUCAAGUCAACCAACAUCUGCGGCCUCUCGCGACUGACACCGCCGUCUGAGACCGGCGUGGACUCAAUCUUUCCAAUCAGUCACAAACAAGCACUCGACGACGAUAGCGUUGAUGAUGAGUCACCGUACCACUUCAAUCCAACUCUUUGCGACAGUGUGAGCAGCCACGCCAUGGAAUACCCAGCAUUUUCGCAGUCCAAGGCUCUUUGCGCUUCUUCAUGA